GGUGGUGGCCGGGGACGCGUCGGACCGACGGGCCGGGGACUGUAGGAUCGACGUCCCGGAGGCUGGAGGACCGGUGGGCCGGAGGCAGGAGGUGCCAAUCGUCAGUGACAAUGGCGUUGAAAUCUGCAACCACGUCAAUCCUCACACUUCUGCUGUCAUUUAUUGCCGCCACCAGCAGCGUACUACCAUCCACCGUCAAAAUCGGUGCCAUUUUUACCGAGGACCAGCGGGACAGUGCAGUGGAGAUGGCCUUCAAAUACGCCGUGCUGCGAGUGAAUAAGGAUGAGAACAUCCUGCCCAACACAACGCUCACCCAUUACAUCCAGUACGCGCCGAGGGACAACAGCUUCCACACGGCCAAAAUCGCGUGUCACCUGGUCGACCAGGGGGUGUACGCCAUUUUCGGCCCGUCCGACCCGCAGCUGGGCGCGCACGUGCAGUCCAUCUGUGACGCGCUGGACAUCCCGCACGUGGAGACGCGACUGGACGUGGAGCGGCACAGCCGCGAGUUCAGCGUCAACCUGCACCCGCACCAGCCGCUGAUGAACGCCGCGCUCAGGGACGUCAUGGCCUUCCUCAACUGGACCCGCGUGGCCAUCGUCUAUGAGGAGGAGCACGGCCUGGUCAAGCUCCAAGACUUGAUACGGACACCGUCUAACAUGGACAUCGACAUAACGCUUCGCCAAGGCUCGCCGGACACCUUCCGACGGGUGCUGAAGGAGGUCAAAUCCCGGGACAUCUUCAACCUCAUCGUGGACACCAAGGCUCAGUCCAUGCCGGCGUUUCUCAGAGCGAUAUUACAACUGCAAAUGAACGACUACAAGUAUCACUACCUUUUUACAACGUUUGACAUAGAGACGUUUGACCUGGAGGACUUCAAGUACAACUUUGUCAACAUGACGGCGUUCCGGCUGGUCUCUGACUCAUUCCACGUGCGGGAGAUCCUGCGGCAGAUGCAGCAGUUCCAGCCGGUCGGCAACAACAUCGUCUCCAAGGCCGGCGUGAUCGAGUCGGAGCCGGCGCUGGUGUAUGACUCUGUUCUGGUGUUCGCCCGCGCGCUGACCGCCAUGCAGGACGGCGUGCAGUUUCGCAGCAGCGGGGUCUCGUGCGGCCGCGAGCAGCCCUGGGUGGACGGCAGCAGUCUCUUCAACUAUAUCAACGCGGUGCGGGAGCUGCGCGGUCUGACCGGGCCUAUCCAGUUCAGCGAGGGCAAGAGGACCACCUUCAAACUGGACCUGCUCAAACUCAAACAGCACGACCUCGUCAAGGUGGGGGAGUGGACCCCGGCUGGACAGGUGAACAUCACGGACUACGAGGCGUUCUACGACCCCGGAUCGCUGAACGUCACACUGGUGGUUACAACUAACCUGGAAACGCCCUACGUCAUGAUGCGCGCUGGCAAAAACUACACGGGCAACGCUCGUUUCUACGGCUUCUGCAUCGACUUGUUGGAGCUGAUCGCCGACAUGGCCGGCUUCUCCUACAUCAUGGAGGUGGUGCCCGACCGGCGGUACGGCGCCCAGGACCCCGAGACCGGAGAGUGGGACGGCAUGGUCAACGAGAUCAUCAAGGGCAAGGCCGACCUGGCCGUGGGCUCAAUGUCCAUCAACUACGCCAGAGAGACGGUCAUCGACUUCACCAAACCCUUCAUGAACCUGGGCAUCACCAUUCUGUUCAAGAAGCCGACCAGCCAGGAGACGCGGCUGUUUUCGUUCAUGAACCCGCUGGCGGUCCACAUCUGGCUGUACGUGCUGACCGCCUACCUGCUCGUCUCGCUUACCAUGUUUGUGGUGGCGCGCGUCAGCCCGUACGAGUGGCACAACCCGCACCCGUGCACCGCCGCCGGCGACGUCAUGGAGAACCAGUUCAGCGUCAGCAACAGCUUCUGGUUCACCAUCGGCACGCUGAUGCAGCAGGGCUCCGACCUCAACCCCAAGGCCUUAUCGACGAGAAUUGUUGGUGGUAUCUGGUGGUUCUUCACGCUGAUUAUCAUUUCGUCAUACACUGCGAAUCUGGCAGCCUUCCUCACAGUCGAGAGAAUGAUUACACCGAUUGAGAGUGCCGAGGGUCUGGCCGAUCAGAGUGAAAUCAGCUACGGCACUCUGGAGGGAGGGUCCACGCUCACCUUCUUCAGGGAUUCCAAAAUAGACACGUACAAGAAGAUGUGGCGGUUUAUGGAGAACAAGAAGCCGUCCGUGUUUACGAAAACCUACGAGGAGGGGAUCGAGCGAGUACUGGAGGGCAACUACGCCUUCCUCGCCGAGUCCAACACCAUCGACUACAUCGUCAACAGGAAUUGCAACCUGACGCAGAUCGGAGGACUGCUCGACUCGAAGGGGUUCGGCAUCGCAACAACCAUGGGGUCGCCGUGGCGGGACCCGAUCUCGCUGGCCAUUCUGGAGCUGCAGGAGAAGGCGGUCAUCCACACGCUCUACAACAAGUGGUGGAAGGACAAUGCCGACUCGUGCAACCGAGACGACAAGAACAAGGGCUCCAAGGCUAGCGAGCUGGGCGUCGCUAACAUAGGCGGUGUGUUCGUGGUGCUGCUCUGCGGCCUGGCGUUCGCCGUGUGUGUGGCCAUUGUCGAGUUCUGCUGGACGGCGAAACGCAACGCCCAGCUGGACAAGCAAUCGCUCUGUUCGGAGAUGCUGGAGGAGCUGUGUUUCGCGAUGCGGUGCCACGCGUCCCACCAGCGGCCGGCGCUGACCCGCCACUGCGACCGGUGCCUGACCCCGGCGGCGCCCGACAUGCCCCGAGGCGCGCACGACCCGCCCCUCAACGGCAGUCAGUCGGGUCACGGCGACUCCCACUACGCCGUCGCAGGCCGGUAUUGCUUCACACCCUGCCAGGACCCGGAGGGCAACGGUAUGAUGAAGAUGGUAGAGUUCUCUCGAAGAUCGCCGGCGCCACUGCCCGAGUACGAGGCUUAUGACGCGUAGCCAGCACGGACAACGGACCACUGAUCUACCACAGUGUAAUGACACAUGUGCAUAAUAAGAACCGGACCUCAACUGUGCACGGUCUAUAUGGGACAUAUUUGAGUGGCAGUUACGAACAUGGACCAAUGUUUAUCAAGUGUUUGGGUCACUGAUAUCUCUGCGGAACAGAAACGACCAUCGGUCUUCGGAGGUGACGCAAGUUGUGACACUAGUGUCACAAGUGAAUUGCUUGUACAUUUGUCAAUGCAGUAUAUCACAUGUGUAAAAACCGCAUCGUCAUUUGCACCCUUAUCAGUAUUUGCACUGUAUUAUCUAUAUCCUGCAAUUUAUAUUUUAGUCACCGUGAGGUGGGGCUAUUUGAGACAGUGGGUCUAUUUAAGUCUGUAUGUAAUGCUUAAGUAAAAUCGCUAUAUAAACGAAAACCGUUUGACAUUUUUUGCAAUUUUUGCUCUGGCAAUUCACCGCUCGAUUCAUCACGGUAUGCAAUCGAGCGGCGAAUUGAAGCACACCAAUCUGAGCAAAAAUAACAAAAAAAAUGAUGGUUAUAUAGCAAUUUUGCUAAACCACUAACUACACACUGUCCCAAAUAGCCCCACCUUACGGAAGUUACGGUAGUCGUUGAACGCUAUAUGUGAAUGUGAUGUGAGUAGGUAGAAAUUGUGUUGGACUUGGUACUGUUGUAUUUUUAACUGUGAAGACGAUGCUAGUCACGCCAAUGAUGAAUAAGAUGGUGUUAACUUUGCAAUGAAUUAAUAAUAUAGGUACCUACAAGCGUUCCAUUAAAUACCUCUUGUCUUGAGACCGAUGUAACAAAUGACAACAUUGGAAAAGGUUGAGCCGUGUCUGACAAUGAACGAACAGGUACCUGUACAUUUACUGUACUCAAUAAAGCGCCCCACUUGCA